GCCCCAAUCUGUUGCCUCACAGCGAUGAUAUGCCUGUCCCUGCCAUGCUUAUGAGAGACCAAAGGAUUGCACUGAUUUCUGAACAUCACAAUGCCGUUGCUGACGAUGAGAUCAAUCAUGACAUGUGUGGAGCUGCGGCAAUGAUGUUUUUGGCACAUGUGGUCCAUGGAGCUUUGCUUCCUGAUGCAGUAGCAGAGCUGAUGACAAUUCAUGUCAACAUGCGCGCAGCUUUUGUUGCUGACCUCUACACCAAACUUGAGGUCUGCGAUGCCUCUGAAACAUUGGAAGCUGCCUCAUUUGAUUGGGACAAAGUCGGACGUUUGGUUCAAUGGCAGAUCGAUGCGUGGAAUGUUGAUCCGUUGGCUUGGCAAACUGCCACCGGCAGCCCUGACGAGAAAUAUGCGGCAGUGUGGAAACAGAUUGAACAUUCCGAACGGCUGGAUGCGGUGGACAGUUGGUUGUUUUCAUGCCUGCCCUUUGCACUGAAACGACAGACAAAAAGUGUGGAUGCCCUGCCGUAUGUGACAUGCAUUGCAGGACUGGAGCCCGUGGCCAUCUCCAGUUUCGGUUAG